GCUCAGACUGAGGCACGCAGCAGGCCCAGAAGGAAGGAGGGGCGGUGGAGCCCGGGGAGGUGGCCUUGCAUGACCACAAGGACUCUGAGGGUCUUUGCCUGAAGGGGGAGAGAUCCGGACCAGGGCCAGGCGCCUGGAAUGCAGUCCCGGUCCCUGCUGCUGUUGUUGCUGCUCUUGCUACCCAGUUUCUCACUCAUCCUGACCAGAGAGCUUCUGUGUGGAGGUUCCCCAGAACCCUGUGCCAACGGAGGCACCUGCCUGAGGCUACCUCAGGGACAAGGAACCUGCCAGUGUGCCCCUGGAUUUCUGGGUGAGACUUGCCAGUUCCCUGACCCCUGCCGUGAUACCCAACUCUGCAAGAAUGGGGGCAACUGCCAAGCCCUGCUUCCCACGCCCCCAAGCUCCCCUAGCCCUGCUUCUCCACCGGCCCCCAGCUUCUCCUGCACCUGCCCCUCCGGCUUCACCGGAGAGCGAUGCCAAAUCCAUCUGGAAGACCUCUGUCCACCUUCUUUCUGUUUCAACGGGGGCCACUGCUACGUCCAGGCCUCAGGCCGCCCACGGUGUUCCUGCGAACCCGGGUGGACAGGUGAGCAAUGCCAGCUCCGAGACUUCUGCUCAGCCAAGCCCUGUGCCAACGGAGGCGUGUGCCUGGCCACAUACCCCCAGAUCAAGUGUCGCUGCCCACCUGGCUUCGAGGGUCACAUCUGUGAACAUGAUGUCAACGAAUGCUUCCGGGAGCCAGGACCCUGCCCUAAGGGGACCGCCUGCCAUAACACCUUGGGCUCCUUCCAGUGUCUCUGCCCCGUGGGGCAGGAGGGGCUGCAGUGCAAGCUCAGGAAGGGACCCUGCUCUCCUGGAAGCUGUCUCAAUGGAGGCACCUGCCAGCUGGUGCCAGAGGGAGACACCACCUUUCAUCUCUGCCUCUGUCCCCCAGGUUUCACAGGCCUGGACUGCGAAAUGAAUCCAGAUGACUGUGUCAGGCACCAAUGCCAGAAUGGGGCCACCUGCCUGGAUGGGUUGGGCACCUACGCCUGCCUCUGCCCAAAGACCUGGAAGGGCUGGGACUGCUCUGAAGACGUAGAUGAAUGUGAAGCCCAGGGUCCCCCUCGCUGCAGAAACGGUGGCACCUGCCAGAACUCAGCCGGGGGCUUCCACUGCGUGUGUGUGAGUGGCUGGGGUGGCCCAGGCUGUGACCAGAACUUGGAUGACUGUGCAGCUGCCACCUGUGCCCCGGGAUCCACCUGCAUUGACCGCGUGGGCUCCUUUUCCUGCCUCUGCCCACCUGGACGCACAGGCCUCCUGUGCCACCAGGAAGAUGGGUGCUUGAGCCAGCCAUGCCAUGGGAAUGCCCAGUGUAGCACCAACCCUCUGACAGGCUCUUUCCUCUGCUUAUGCCAGCCUGGCUACUCGGGACCCACCUGCCACCAGGAUCUGGAUGAGUGUCAAAUGGCCCAUCAAGGACCCAGUCCCUGUGAACAUGGCGGCUCCUGCCUCAACACCCCUGGCUCCUUCAACUGCCUCUGCCCGCCCGGUUACACGGGCUCCCGCUGUGAGGCCGAUCACAACGAGUGCCUGUCCCAGCCCUGCCACCCAGGCAGCACCUGCCUGGACCUACUGGCCACCUUCCACUGCAUUUGCCCACCAGGCUUGGAAGGGAGACUCUGUGAGGUGGAGACCAAUGAGUGUGCCUCCAACCCUUGCCUGAACCAAGCUGGCUGUCAUGACCUGCUCAAUGGCUUCCUGUGCAUCUGCCUCCCGGGCUUCACUGGUGCCAGGUGUGAGGAAGACGUGGAUGAAUGCAGCAGUGCCCCCUGUGCCAAUGGGGGGCACUGUCGAGACCAGCCUGGAGCCUUUCACUGCGAGUGUCUCCCAGGCUUUGAAGGACCACACUGUGAGACUGAGGUGGAUGAGUGUCUGAGUGACCCCUGCCCCACGGGAGCCAGCUGCAUCAAUCUCUCAGGAGCCUUCUUCUGCCUCUGCCACCCUGGCUUCACAGGCCAGUUUUGUGACGUUCCCUUGUGCACCCCCAACCUGUGCCAACCUGGGCAGCAAUGCCAAGACCAGGAAGACAGAGCCCACUGCCUCUGCCCUGUUGGAAGUCCCGGCUGUGUCCCUGGCAAGGACAACUGCACCUGCCACCACGGCCAUUGCCAGAGAUCCUCCUGUGUGUGUGAUGCGGGCUGGACUGGGCAAGAAUGCGAGACAGAGCUUGGGGGUUGCAUCUCCACCCCCUGUGCCCAUGGGGGAACCUGCCAUCCCCAGCCCUCUGGUUACAACUGUACCUGCCCCACAGGAUACACAGGGCUGUCCUGUAAUGAGGAGGUGACAGCUUGUCACUCAGAGCCCUGUCUCAAUGGUGGCUCCUGCAACACCAGCCCUGAGGGCUAUUUCUGCACCUGUCCUCCGAGUCACACAGGCUCCCUCUGCCAAACCCUUAUCGACCACUGUGUGUCUGCCUCGUGCCUCAACGGGGGUACCUGUGUGAACAAGCCUGGCGCCUUCCUCUGCCUCUGUGCCGCGGGCUUCCAGGGGCUCCGCUGUGAGGCGAAGAUCAAGCCCCGCUGUGCAGACAGCCCCUGCAAGAACAAGGCGACCUGCCAAGACACACCUCAGGGUGCCCGCUGCCUCUGCAACCCUGGCUAUACAGGAAGCAGCUGCCAGACUCUGGUUGACUGGUGCGCCCAGAAGCCCUGCCCACACACUGCCCGAUGCCUCCAGAGCGGCCCCUCCUUCCAGUGCCUGUGCCUCCAGGGAUGGGCAGGACCUCACUGUGACCUCCCUGUGUCCUGCCAGAAAGCUGCGGUGAGCCAAGGCGUGGAGGUCUCUGACCUGUGCCAGAAUGGAGGCCUCUGUAUGGACAGCGGCUCCUCCUACUUCUGCCACUGCCCUCCUGGAUUCCAGGGCAGGUUGUGCCAGGAUAGAGUGAACCCCUGUGAGUCCAAGCCUUGCCAGCACGGGGCCACCUGUGUGGCCCAGCCCAACGGCUACGUCUGCCAGUGUGCCCCCGGCUAUGAAGGACAGAACUGCUCCAAAGAACAGGACGCUUGUCAGUCUCAGCCCUGCCACAACCAUGGAACCUGCACCCCCAAGCCUGGAGGCUUCCACUGCGCCUGCCCUCCAGGAUUUGUGGGGCUGCGCUGUGAGGGGGAUGUGGAUGAGUGUCUCGACCGACCCUGCCACCCCACGGGCACUGCAGUGUGCCACUCUCUAGCCAACGCCUUCUACUGCCAGUGUCUGCCUGGGCACACAGGCCAGAGGUGUGAGAUGGAGACAGACCCCUGCCAGAGCCAGCCCUGCUCCAACGGAGGGUCCUGUGAGGUCACAACAGGACCACCCCCUGGCUUCACCUGCCACUGCCCCAAGGGUUUUGAAGGCUCCACCUGCAGCCACGAAGUCCCUUCCUGCGGUAUCCAUCAUUGCCACCACGGAGGCCUAUGCCUGCCCUCCCCUAAGCCAGGCUCCCCACCCCUCUGUGCCUGCCUCGGUGGCUUUGGGGGCCCUGACUGCCUGACACCCCCAGCUCCACAAGGUUGUGGGCCCCCCUCGCCCUGCCUGCACAAUGGUAGCUGCUCUGAGAUCCUCAGGUCGGGCAAUCCUGGCUUUCAAUGCUCCUGCCCUCCUGACUCUCCAGGGCCCCGGUGUCAAAGGCCAGGGGAGAAUGGGUGUAAGGGCCGAGGUGGUGAUGGGGCUUGUGAUGCUGGCUGCAGUGGCCCAGGAGGAGACUGGGAUGGAGGGGACUGCUCCUUGGGGGUCCCAGACCCCUGGAAGGGCUGUCCCCCCCAUUCCCAGUGCUGGCUUCUUUUCCGGGAUGGGCGGUGCCACCCACAGUGCGACUCUGAGGAGUGUCUGUUUGAUGGCUAUGACUGUGAAACCCCUGCGACCUGCACCCCAGCCUAUGACCAGUACUGCCGAGAUCACUUCCACAAUGGCCACUGUGAGAAAGGAUGCAACAGCGCUGAAUGCGGCUGGGACGGGGGCGACUGCAGGCCAGAAGACGGAGACUCGGAGUGGGGGCCCUCCCUGGCCCUGCUGGUGGUGCUGAGCCCCCCAGCCCUGGAGCAGCAGCUGCUGGUCCUGGCCCGAGUGCUGUCCCUGACUCUGAGGGUCGGGCUCUGGGUGAGGAAGGACAGCGAUGGCAGGAACAUGGUGUUCCCCUAUCCGGGGACCCGGGCCAAGGAGGAGCUGAGCGGAACUCGGGAUUCCUCAUCGUGGGAAAGACAAGCCCCUCACACCCAGCCUCCGGGCAAGGAGCCAGACCCCCUUGGUGCCGGGUUUGUGGUGGUGAUGGGAGUGGAUUUGUCCCGCUGUGGUCCGGAACACCCUGCGUCACGCUGUCCCUGGGACUCGGGGCUCCUGCUGCGCUUCCUUGCUGCAAUGGCAGCAGUGGGGGCCCUGGAGCCCCUGCUGCCUGGACCCUUGCUGGCUGCUCACCCUCAAGCAGGGACCAGGCCACCUACCGAGCAGCUUCCCUGGCCUGUUCUGUGUUCACCAGUGGCUGGGGUGCUUCUCCUGGCCCUUGGGGCUCUCCUUGUCCUCCAGCUCAUCCGGCGGCGACGGCAACGGCGAGAACAUGGGGCCCUGUGGCUGCCCCCUGGCUUCAUUCGAAGGCCUCGGACACAGCAGGCACCCCACCGGCGGAGGCCCCCACUAGGCGAGGACAGCAUUGGUCUCAAGACGCUGAAGCCAGAGGCAGAAGUGGAUGAGGAUGGAGUAGUCAUGUGCUCGGGCCCUGAGGAGGGAGAGGAGGCUGAAGAAACAGCCUCGGUCUCCAAGCACCAGGUCUGGCCACUGAACAGCGGCUGUGGAGAGCUCCCACAGGUAGCCAUGCUGACACCUCCUCAAGAGUGUGAAAUGGACACGUGUGGACCUGAUGGGGUGGCACCCCUGAUGUCCUCAGUCUUCUGUGAGCCAGUGGAAUCCACGAUUGUCCAGGGGCCGUGGCUGGGAAAUCCUAAACCCUGGAAACCACUGCUGGAUAGAGGGGCCUGCCCCCAGGCUCACACUGUGGGCACUGGAGAGACACCCCUGCACCUGGCUGCCCGAUUCUCUCGACCAACUGCUGCCCGCCGCCUCCUUGAGGCUGGGGCCAAUCCCAACCAGCCUGACCAGGCGGGGCGCACCCCACUUCACACUGCAGUGGCUGCUGAUGCUCGGGAAGUCUGCCAGCUCCUAUUAGCUAACAGACGGACUGCCGUGGAUGCACGCACAGAGGACGGGACUACACCUCUGAUGCUGGCUGCCAGGUUGGCAGUGGAGGACCUGGUUGAAGAACUGAUCGCAGCCCGAGCGGAUGUGGGAGCCAGAGAUAAAAGGGGAAAAACCGCCCUGCACUGGGCCGCGGCUGUGAACAACGCCCGAGCGGCCCGCGCCCUUCUCCAGGCUGGCGCUGAUAAAGAUGCCCAAGACAACAGGGAGCAGACGCCGUUGUUCCUGGCGGCGCGCGAAGGAGCCGUGGAGGUGGCUCAGCUGCUGCUGGAGCUCGGGGCGGCCCGUGGGCUGCGUGACCAGGCCGGGCUGGCCCCGGGCGAUGUGGCCCGCCAGCGAAGCCUGCAAUGA